ACUAGCGGUGCACUUGGCAAAUACAUUUCAUCUUAACAAUGGCUAUAGCGCGCGUUGCGACUGAAUAUGUGUUUUCUGAUUUUUUAUUGAAAGAACAGAGUGAAUCUAAGUAUAAAGGCUUGCAGCUGGAACUGGCCACAGACAAACUGGUCAGUUUUAUCGCGGUUGGGCUUCCUUUGUUACUCAUCUCACUCGCCUUUGCACAAGAAGUCUCUGUGGGUACACAGAUCACAUGUUUUCCACCCACUAACUUCACACUGAGACAGGCUGCGUAUGUGGACUCAUUCUGCUGGGCCGCAGUAGAGCAUCACCCUACAGACAAUGGGGCUGAUAGCGCCCCCCUUCAUCUACACAAGUUCUUUCCUUAUAUCCUUCUGCUGGUCGCCGUCCUCAUGUAUAUACCUGCUCUAUUCUGGCGUUUCACGGCGACCCCUUCCCUAUCCUCUGACCUCAGUUUUAUCAUGGAGGAACUUGACCGUUGCUACAACCGUGCCAUCCGUCUGGCCAAGAGCCUCACAUCCCAACAAGACAAAGACACUGCAGAAGACCCACACAGUGGUCUUGAAUUGACUGAAGCUUGUUUUAAGUACCCUCUGGUAGAGCAGUACUUAAAGACAAAACGUUCAUCAUGGGCUUUGGCUGCAAAAUAUCUGCUUUGUCGGGUUUUAACAUUCCUCACUUUACUGCUGGCCUGCUCUUAUCUGACCUACUACAUCCUUUGGGUUUCACACAGUGAUCAGUUCUCCUGUAACCUGCGCAGAGGUAUAUUGGUAAAUGAAAGUGUGGUGCCAGAUGCAGUUCAGUGUAAGCUAGUGGCAGUGGGUGUUUUUCGUCUCCUAAGUUGCAUGAAUCUGGCGGUGUAUUUACUGUUAGUACCAGCUGUGGUGUACGCUGCCUUCCAACCUGCUCGUCAGCACCAGCGUGCUCAGUUCCUCCGUCCAUACCACCUCCUGCCUGCUUUCGGACACGUUCUGGAUUUGCAGCCUUCUACCCGGCGCUAUGAUGACCUCAGCAUCUACCUGCUGUUCUUGGAGGAAAACUUGAGUGAGCUUAAGAGCUACAAAUGUUUGCAGGUAUUAGAGCUGCUGUCGGAAGGAGGGGAAGCCGCGUUUGACACUAUGUGUCUCCUCAGGACUCUAGGACAAGUGAGGACUGACAUGGUGGACAGAAAACAAGCCCAAACUGUCAAUGGAAAUGCAGAGAAAGAAACCUCUGAACUAAAGGAUGUCUCUUCUGUUCUGCUGGAUGAUGGAGUAAGCUGCAGCUGUGUGAAAGAUGGAAGACACAGGGUGGUCUAAUAUAUUACACUAAAAGUGUACAUGCAUGUAAGCAUCUAUAAUCAUCAGGUAAAUUCGUUUUCAAAAGCUGUACUACUGACACAAACUGUUAAAGUCAGACAAAUCACAUUACAAAUAAAUUAGUUUACAUGGAUAUUGAAUGUGAAGGUAAUAUUAUGUAAUGCUUGAAUACAACACUGAGACAAUUUACUAAUUUACUAACUGCAGAACUGAGCUGCAUGUUUUUCUAUGCCUUAAAUUUAUAGAAAUGGAAUGAAUGUUUUUUUUUAUAAAUUCAUCAAGUUAUUAUGAAGUUGAUGAAAUGUUAAGCCCCAUAUUGUAUGCAUUGUGUAAGCAAUGUUACAACAUAUUCUGGGUUUUCAUUUGUAGGUAUUGUUGCAACAAUUAAAUAAUUAUUAGAAAUUAAUAAUUAAAAUGUUACUGAGAAGAAUACUAACAACUAACUUCUGCCAAUAUUGCUUCUUGGUAACAAACACAUUUAAGCAAUUAUUCCUUUCAUACAAAUCAAUUAAAUAACUUUGAAUGUUUUAAAGUUGGAAGUUUACGCAAACAUGCAAAUCUGUGCAUCAUAUAUUAAGAAAAGAUUUUUGAAAUGACUGCAAGUGUAUAAUGUGACUAAAAAUCCAUCAAAGCCAUCUCUUCAUUAAAACCAUUUUAUUGCCAUCUUACAUGCAUCAUGAGCUUGCAAAGUGAAGAAAAUGGGUUUGUUUCCCUGAGGCAAUAUCAUAAAAAAAGGGUUAAGAUAGAAGUGAUUUAUUCAUUUAAUAUAUAAAUGAUGUCUUAUGAUAUGGGUUUUGCUGGGUAAUUUAGGGUGAUGGACUUAACAUAGGCUCCAUUUCAAAAGGCUAACGCCUCAUGUAAUAACACACUACCUACGUAAAAGCAAUAAUCAAAUAUACAAACUGUGAUGAUAGAUGCAAUAUAAAUUAUAUUUCACUGUUAAAUAUUUUGCAGAUUCAGUUUUACACAUUUAUUUGAUAUGGACUUAUUGUUUUAUAUUGUGUCAGAGAUGUUUAUUUUAUAGCUCUUAUUGUAAUUGUUAUCAUGCCUCUUUACAUUUAGAUAUGUUAAAACUGCAUGUUUUCAAAGGUGAGCACUUCAAACAUUGUUUAAAAAAAAGUUGUAAAUAAAUAAAUUUCUUUAAAUGUUCAUUGGUGUUUGCUUAUAGCCAUAAACAUAAGAAGGUGGACUGCAUUCAGGAAAUGUGCUGUAGAAUACAUACUUUUAUUGUAAAAUAAAAAGCACCCCCAUAAAACUGUA